AUUUCGGUAUUUUUAGGCUGCACCGGGCGGGCGCAAAGCUGCCCCAGGGGAAUCACUUGUUACUCGGCAUCUCUCGUAGUCCUCCUCCAGGAAGCCCCCCAGCGUCCCAGGAAGACCAAAGCAUGUCUGGCCAGCAGACACCAGAGGAUGGCCUCUACGGCUCCUGGGUGGAACUGGAGGAGUUGAUCGCAGCCGUCAGCCGCAGGGAGAGUCCGACGGGACCAGAAGACAGCAUCUCUUCUGCUCUGCAGGGGGAGCUGGAGAGAAUCCUGCUCGAGGCGCAGCUGGAGUGCGAGAGAAACCGAGACAGUCCACCGCAGGUUGGGACCCCGCUUUCGACCAGUUCCCCAAGACCCUCUAGUGAUCACGACAGUGACUGUAUCACCAUACAGGAGGAAAAUGACAGAAGAUUGGACACUGACUGGGUGUGGGACUGGUCCAGCAGGCCUGAAAACAUGCCGCCCAAAGAGUUUGUCUUUCAGCACCCAAAGUCUAGUUCGCUCAGCAUCCGUAAGACAGAAGUGAUGAAAAAGAGAGGAAUCUUCUCGUCUGACGUGCUCCUUGUCCUCGUGCCCUCGUUGCUGGCCUCGCAUCUCCUCACGCUGGGUAUCGGAAUCUACAUCGGAAAACGUUUGGCUGCUUCCACCACUAGUACGCUGUGACAUUAGCUCCAGGCUAACCUAGCCCGGCCCCCAGUGAGGUCGCAACUGUAGUACCUCGCCUGUUUGCUUUUAUGUCUCUGCGCGUGUGUUUGUGAAUGUGUGCGUGUGUGUAGCUAUGUGGUUAGCGUCCUCAAGGGACUGGGGGGGGG